AUGAAGUCAUACUCAUUCUUCAUGAUUCUCCUCUUCCUUCUCCUCCUCAUGACCACAAAAUCCCAAAACCUAAUCGACUCGACGUGUCGAGCCUCGUCUCGAAACGACCCGAAUAUCAACUAUGAUUUCUGCAAAACCGUACUCCAAUCAUCUCCCGCCACACGGUCGAGCUCAACCUUAAACGGGAUCGGCAAAAUCCUCAUCACGCUCGUUCUCAACAACCUAACCGACACGCAUUCUUACAUCGAACGCCUAACGAAAGACGCGGCGAAAUGGUGGGAACCGUACGUUAGGCAGUGUUUGGACGAUUGUCUCGAACUUUAUUCGGACGGGAUUGAUUAUGCCGACCAAGCUAUGAGUUAUUACGACGCGACGAAAUUCGAGGAUGCCAAUGUGGCAAUAAGUUCGGUCAUCGAUGAUGUCACGACUUGCGAGGAUGGGUUUGAGGAGAGAAAGGGCUCGGUUUUGCCUUUGAGCGAGAGAAAUAACGGCGCGUUUCGACUUUCAGCUCUUGCGCUUUCGGUUAUGCGAAUGGUUCGGAUAGGGUAUUAA